GUGUUACCAGUCAUUAUCUUCACCAGUGCAGUCUUUGCACUACUGUACUAUUGGAAGGUCAUGCAGGUGCUUAUUGAAGCCUUAGCCAUCAUUAUGCAUUUCACUAUGGGGACGUCAGGGGCCGAGUCCUUUGCCACGGCCUCAAAUAUAUUCGUUGGAAUGACUGUGGCUCCCCUUGCCAUCAAACCUUACUUAAACGAGAUGACCAAGUCGGAGAUGCACGCAGUCAUCGUCGGGGGGUUCGCCACUAUCGCCGGAAGCGUAUUGGCGAUAUUCAUCUCGUUCAAUAUAAGCGCACCUCACCUCUUGGCGGCGUCCUUCAUGUCGGCACCUGCCGCUUUGGUGACGGCCAAGAUGUUUUUACCGGAGACGAAGACGCCUCAGACGGCGAACAGUGCCUCAGUCCAGGCGUCCAAAGCUCCGGAGAGCAAUGCACUGGAAGCUAUGUAUGUCGGUGCAACUGACGGGUUAAAGAUCUGUGGUUAUAUCUUGGCCAAUAUCCUAGCCAUUAUCAGCGUACUGGCAUUCGUCAACGCUGUACUGGAAUGGCUAGGGAGUCUAGUUAAUAUUGAAGAACUUAGCUUUCAGUUGAUAUGUCGGUAUCUGCUGUACCCCCUCGCAUGGCUGCUGGGAGUGGAAGCGAAAGAUUGCAUGGUAGUGGCGGAGCUCAUCGGGAUUAAAGCGUUUCUGAAUGAGAUCGUGGCCUACCAGGCAAUGGGGGCGUAUGUCGCUAAUGGCCAAUUGACGCGUCGAUCCGAAGUGAUUGCCACAUAUGCCCUGUGUGGGUUCGCCAACCUCGGUAGCAUUGGUGUAAUGAUGGGUGGGUUGAUACCGCUAGUACCUCAUCGUAAGUCAGAGAUUGCUAAGCUGUGUCUCAGGGCCUUCUUAGCUGCAAUGAUUGCUCUGUUUAUGACAGCUUGUGUAGCAGGUCUUUUGUACGACGAAGACCAACUUUUUGAUCCCGUAAACAAAGUUCCUGUGAACAAUGAGUAGGGAACAUCAGCUUGUUGCACAGAUAACCCAUGGCAGAAGCAACAUAUACAUUUGAAAUGCUGCUUUUUCAAGUUCUUUUAGAGAGACCACAAGAUCAAAUUCAGUUUUGUGAUGCACCAAUUUUCCCAAUAGAUAGAGACCUUUAUAUCCGAAUUUAAUAUCGUAUUUUAUAAGGUGUAUAUAUCAAUGUUAUGCAGUGGUUUGCGUUAUACACGCACAGGGUUUAAUAAAUGUAAACUUCAGUUUAUUAAUAAAGUGCAAGGUUUUUUUCAAGGGCGUCAUCAGAAGCAGUUUGUUAACUAACACAAUUACAACUUGACUGUGGAUCAAACGUGGUAUCAUUGUUUAACAUUUUGUUUCAGCCUGAUCUGAAACAAUGUUACGGCCCUUGACUUCUUUGGUGAAAUUUUGAUGCGAUUCGAAUGAUACUAAGCGACAAAUGUUUUUAAUUUGAAUCAAAUCGAGUGAGUUGUGGUGUUACGUGGUAUAGUUGCACACAAGGCUGUUUUUAUGACUUUUAAUGAAAGUCAGUCUUCAAUCGCUUCCAUACUAGAUCAACAUUGGAAGUAAAGUGUAGUAGAGUAGGGAAAGUUGCUGUGUAUUUGGUACCGGUUCUGUAAACGAGACAACAGUUUACUUAUCAGGUUGUAGCAGACUUAUCAGGUGAAUUUCUAUUGUUAACGUAGUUCUUAGCAUAAGCGGAUUUUAUACAUUAAUCUAAGGUUGUAUUUUAGGCAGGGUGGUUUAAAGGUUGAAUCUUCAACGUGUACAUUUUAUAUGCGUAAUGAACUUAAAUAAUUUUACACUUCGUUUAAAUUAAUUGUAAAAAAGCUGAAUAUGUGAAUUAUUAUAGUCGUGCUGAAAUGAAAUGUACAAUUGGCGUGCCGUGCAAAUUUGUUAAACAAAAUUGUGUUUUCUAAAAUGAUUUAAAAUGUGCUUUUGCCUCCGGGUGCCAAAGCGAUUUAUAAUUGACCAGUUAGUUUCCUUGUGGUACAUUGAACAGUUAAAAUAAUUGCCCGGUCAUGCACUCCAUUCACGACAAAUCGUUACACGCUGAUCAGAACGUUUCAAGUAGAGCCCCGACGUAAUUUGGUUACGUAAGCUGGUAGUCUAAAUCAACAGCGUCUUCUUAGCAUAAAACGCUUCAAUCGCAUUAGGAAGCGUCUGGGAACUGAACAAUUAUUUUGUAGACCAGUAAGCGGGCCACGGAACCCAAGCCACGAAAGAUUCACGCUCGCAAAAUAUUUUCAUCCAGCUUUGUGCAACUCAUACACGUUUGUCCAUUAUGUUCCUUGUACAGUAGUACUACUAUCGUUCCGAAACGCCGAUGACAAGAGCUGUGGCUUGUCAACCUAAGAAACAAUUCAAAUACCUAAGACAGUUUCGCUAUUCCUUUCGGUGGAGAGCGCGUCACGUGGGGUGUUUAAACCUUUGAUAAUG